AAACUCAAGUUCUGUGUUUGAAAUUAUAACAAGAAACCACAAGUUGAGUUAUUAAAGGCUCAUUUACACACACACACACACACACACACAAAUAGUUAAUUAUUAAACGUAUACUGUAUACCUGCAUGGAAAAUGUAUACGAAUAUUAUGCUUGAAGGAUUGCUUUACAUUUUUUUCAACGUUACAUAUGGUCAACGAGAGGCCAAGAAGAUGCAUGUACAGGAAAACAUAACUGUCAAUGUACUGUUCGGUCAGUCUAUUUAGAUUUGUGAGCAUGGUACAUUGUCAAUAUCAUAAUUAAAUCAUUUACAUACAUUUAUUGUUGAAUAUUUUUAUCAAGUUGUCGAAACCACAUUAUAUCACAAAAUCCUUUUACUUAUAUUAAUGUAAUUGUUUAGAUUUGUCCACAUAGAAACACCGCCCUCUUCUGACCAGAGCAGGUAACACAUCAUUUCCCACAAUGCUGCUGCCGCACCAGCCCGGAAGUUAGACGUUUAUUGACAAUAUGGCCGCGGAACCAGGUUUUGAUUUGGAGAAAACUGUAAUUUGACAGCGCUCACCGGGGCUGCGAUAAUAACCCAUUUCCACCCCAGGAGUGUACAGCACAGAUGCAUUUGAAUGAAGGGACCCGCGAAUCCACGGGAGGGUGUCAGUGAGCUGAGGAAACGUCCCGAGUGUGAAAUCCGUCAUGUCGUUUUUCAAGAGGAAAGCCAAAAGCAAAGAACCUGAGAAAGUGACAGAUGCUAAAGUCAACAGAGCUCCAGUUAGCCCUCACUCUCCUUCACUAGGGCUAAGGAACCACCAUGCCAUCCAGGAAGCUGCCGGGCCCAGCCAUGUGGCCAUCAAUGCCAUCUCUGCCAACAUGGACUCCUUUGCCCGCGGUCGCACCGCCAUCCUCAAGAAACAGCCAAGCCACAUGGAGGCUGCACACUUUGGAGAUCUGGGUCAUUCCAGUGUGAACUAUCAGCCCCAGGAGACCCGCUCUCGGCUGUCCAAGACGGUGGACCAUGUCCUUCGCGACAGCGUGGCGAUGCCCCACUACAUGCAUUUCACGGAACUACGGGGCGCUGACCACCUGGUUCGUUUCUGGUUGGAGGCUGAGAGUUUCCGCGCUACCAGCUGGUCACGGGUCCGAGCGCACAGCCUAAACUCUGUCAAACACAGCUCGUUGGCCGAGCCCGUCCCUGCCUCCACAGGGACGGGCUCAGAGCUCCGGGAGCUCACCCAACACAAACCCAGUGGCCUCGCCCAGGACAGUAGCAGUGAAAGCCCUACAGAACAGCCAGAGCAGCGGGACACUUCCAGCACAGAAGCAGGCCUGAGACCCGGCACCCCUCGAGCAGAAACCCCAAGCAGGCAGGCGCCCUCCAGGACAGGAACUCCCUACAAGGUGCAGCCAAACAGCACCCUGCGAGAGCUCUCUGACAAACUCAUGAAAAGUAUAGAGAAAGAUGCAGUUACCAUCUUCACCAAGUAUAUCUCUCCAGACGCUGCGAGGCCCAUCCCCAUCACAGAACAGAUCAGAAAUGACAUAGUUGCUAAGAUAUGUGGAGAGGAUGGCAUGGUGGACCCAAACUGCUUUGUCAUUGCACAGUCGGUAGCCUUCACCAUCUUGGAGCAACAGCACUUUAGUGAAUUCCUGCGGAGCCAUCAUUUCUGUAAAUACCAGAUUGAAGUGUUGACUAGUGGCUCCGUGUUCCUGGCUGACAUCUUGUUCUGUGAGUCGGCUCUCUUCUACUUCUCUGAGUACAUGGAAAAGGAAGAGGCCAUGAAUGUACUGCAGUUCUGGCUGGCGGCAGACAACUUCCAGAACCAGCUAGCAUCUAAAAAGGGCCAGUAUGAUGGCCAGGAGGCUCAAAAUGAUGCCAUGAUCCUCUACGACAAGUAUUUCUCACUCCAGGCUACCAACCCUCUGGGUUUCGGCGACUCUGUGCGGAUGGAGAUUGAGUCGAAUAUCUGCCGAGAGGGAGGGCCACUCCCCGACUGUUUCACCACUCCACUCAGACAGGCCUGGACAACCAUGGAGAAGGUCUACAUGCCAGGCUUCCUGUCUAGCAACCUUUACUACAAAUACCUGAGUGACCUCAUCAACUCUGUGCGGGCAGAUGAGUUUGUGAAUGUCAGCACUCCAGGUCAGGGCGGGCCAGUGGACAACGACCGUUCAAGUUCAAAUACCAGCGAGGGCUCUCAGACUCAGCAAAGUGCCAGAAAGGCAGCGAUCAAGAUCCUGAAGAACUUUGAUGAGGCGAUCACGGUGGACGUGGCCAGCCUGGAUCCUGAGUCCUUGUACCAGCGGCCAUAUGCUGGAAAGAUGACGUUUGGGAAGGUGAAUGAGCUGGGCCAGUUUAUCAGGGAGGCAGAGCCAGAGCCGGACGUGAAGAAAUCCAAAGGCUCCAUGUUUUCUCAAGCCAUGAAGAAAUGGGUCCAGGGCAACUCUGAUGAGGCCCAGGAGGAGAUGGCAUGGCAGAUAGCAAAAAUGAUUGUCAACGACGUCGUCCACCAGUCAAACCACGACAGCCCCGGCAAGGCCACCAAGUUAUGACCCCACUGAGGAACCAAAGGAAUGGCGCUCCCUGCAGACGCUGGCCAAGCCAGUGAGAAAUUGUACACAAGGUUUACCCUACACUGAACUGCAUUACUCAGAACAAAGAACAAAGGCAUUUUAUCAUCUCUCCAACUGUGUGUGUGUGUGUGUGUGUGUGUGUGUGUGUGUGUGUGUGUGUGUGUGUGUGUGUGACUAUGAGCUUGGGUGAUUGAUUAUUCACGCAUGGGCUAAUGGAAAAGUUGAAGUACGUCAUUGUUCCAAUCUUCUCCAUAACACCAUAAAGGUACACGUGUAGUUGCCCAAAGCAAAGCCAAGUGCUUGCAUCGGACUGCAAGAAGUCGCUCCUGAUGAAGGAAACAUUCACCAUGACGCUGGAAGAAGUUCGGCACAAAGGAGCAGCGCGUCAGUCAGGACCAUCACUGCGUUGCUGUAGCCACACUGUCAGAAAAAUGGACCUAUGGAGGAUGUGACAAAGACUGAAUUACCCUCCCUUCCUCAUGACACUCCUCCCCACACCUUUUAUAACCAUUCCUUGUUUUUAGAUAAAAGUAAGUCUUAAAAGUUAGCCUCUUGAGGCUCAAGUAAAUGAAAAUCAGCGUUGUACAGUUUUUGCAUACGCUUUCCUCAGCCUGCCCGAGAAGUUUUGUCUGCUGUUCACUGAUGUGAGCUGUCCUUACUUGGCCGUUUUACAUACUGUAGAACAUCUGCAAAUGUGACAAUGAAAAAGAAGAAGAGCUGAUUCAGUUCUGGGACUGGCUGGCCUCCUAUAUGAACCCCCCCGGCACCUUUUACAGAGUGUAGAAGAAGAACUAUUCCCCUAAUGAACUUAAGUGCUCCAGUUGUGUUGGAAAACUCCAAACUCCAUGUCCUAAAUGUUUUAUAUAUAUAUAUAUA